AUGGAACCGCCGGAUCUGCUGACCACUUGCGUGGUCGCGUCCAUCUAUGCCUUGACAGUAAAAGUGGGCCUUCUGGGGAACUGCUGGGUGGUCAGUUCGGUGAUGAGAAGUCGUCGACCAAGGACGAUGAUGGGCUCUUUGAGUCCCUCAGACCGGCUUCGAACCUAUAUUGGCCUUCUGGCGAUCCUCGAUCUACUGGUGAUCGCCUCUCUGGUCAUCCGAGUUAUGUAUAUUCUCUUGCCAUAUGCAUCUACAGGUAAGUAUUUUUAGAAUUUAAUCUCUUCCACGUUGUUUUAAAUAUAGCCGUGACGUGUUGAGUUCAUCUUGCUUUUCUUGUAAUGAUCCUUCCUAAAUCCAUUUACUUUUAGAAGAAAUGAGCUGCAGAGUUGUCUUUGUGAUCGACCAUUUGGUUAAGCUGGCCUCCUUAACUUGCCUCUCCUGCAUUUCCAUGGAAAGAUAUAUCACAAUCAGGAAGCCAUUCAGCUCUAGAAUCCGCAAAAGAUUCAUCCAGUUUACCCCGAUAGUGGCACUGACAAUCUUAGUCAUCGUAUUGGCAGCAAUUGCAGUAAUGGCCUCGAAUGUUGGUCUAAAUGAGAAUGGGACUGAUUGCCAGCAAAAAGGAUACGGAGGAAUCUUGGUGAAGGGUGCCAGACUGGUCAUCUCCUUCUCUUUCUUCGGCCAAUUGCUUAUUGUUUCGGCCAAUUAUGGCCAGAUUGUUAGACAUGUUCGACGAAAAUUCUGGCAACGAAAAGCCCGAGUUGUGGCCAAUGCGAAGAAUCAAAGCAAACAACCACUGGUCUCCCAGCCAAGAUAUAUGAGAGAUAUGACUGCUGCAAUUGUCAGAAUCGCCUGUUUUCAUGUCGUCUGCUGGCUGCCUUACUGUGUCAUGCAGAUGGUCUCUGAAUUCUACGGAAAUGAACUUGGAUCUACCAUGCCUACCAAUCUGAAAUCUUUGGAAGAUAAGCAAAUUAACUCAUGGAUUUGGACGGUAUUCAUCGCAGACUGGCUGACUUAUGUCAACUCUGCUGGGAAUUGGAUUUUAUACGCAGCUAUGAACAAAGAUCUCAGGUCCAUAAUCAGGUAAUAUUAUCUUAUUCAAUCAUAAUAUUAUAAUUAAUCCAUUUGUUUUGAAGAAUUAUAUAAUUAUUGUUUGACCUUUAGAGCUACUACCGAGCGUCGAAAGAGGUCUACAAUGUCCCAGAGCUCUCCCCCAUCCAACAUUCAUCGCAGCCUCAGACGGCAUAUGGCCCAAUCCCUUCGUUUCUUCUACUCCAUCAACUCUUACAGAUCCAAUAACAAUAGCUUUGAUGAUUCCUUGACUACUUGUCACAUCAAUGGAUCCAUUGAUUCCUCUCCGAUGGCUGUGGCUCGGUCUGUUUCCAAUGCUGGAGCCCACCAAGGAGCUGAAGUUGGGCUGUUUGGGAUGAGGAAUGGCCGAGCCCACACUUAUUGUAGUCCCCGUUCUUCGAAUGGAUUGUCCACUGCCAAUAGCCUCACCGGAUCCAAUCACACGCCCGCCAAUCUCCACAAAUAUGUGAUUGCCUCGAGGAAUUCCCCGUGUUCUUCGCCGAAGCCAAUUCUCAGUGUAAUUAUGGGAAAUUCGAACGAAAAAUUGGAUCAAGAGCGAUUCUUGUGA